CUGCAGGAACAUACCCCUCUCCGAGUCUCGCUGCUGUCGGCGACUGAGAUAAACAAAGAGCCGGUGACUGUCCAGGAAGAUAAAAAGGUUCAACCGUUUCCGACAACAUGGAUACUGGUUUGAGUCAAGAUAAGGUCGCCGCCUUUGUCAAGAGACUGCGUGCCGAGCCACGCUAUCUGCUAGCACAGAAUGUUUCUACCUGCAUCGACCCGCUAGAGGUGUGUCUGCACCGGCAGACAGUCCAGGACACUGUGCACAUCUUUCAGCACACCAUCCCCACAGAGGGGAAGCCUGUCACUAACCAGAAGAACUCUGGGAGAUGUUGGAUCUUCUCGUGCCUUAACGUCAUGAGACUUCCCUUCAUGAAGAAGUUCAACAUCGAGGAGUUUGAGUUCAGUCAGUCCUACCUCUUUUUCUGGGACAAGGUGGAGCGCUGCUACUACUUCCUUCAGGCCUGUGUUGAAACCGCCCAAAGGAAAGAGCCCGUGGACGGCCGUCUGGUCCAGUUCCUGCUCUCCAAUCCAACCAAUGACGGAGGACAGUGGGACAUGCUGGUUAACCUCAUUGAGAAAUAUGGCGUCGUUCCAAAGAAGUGCUUUCCAGAGUCUCACACAUCUGAGGCCUCGCGUAGAAUGAACGACAUCCUCAACAACAAGCUGAGGGAAUACUGUCUAAGACUGAGGAACAUGGUGGCCAGCAACUCCACUGAGGCUGAGAUAUCUGCAUCUAUGGACACCAUGAUAGAAGAGGUGUUCCGGGUGGUCAGUGUGUGUCUGGGAAGCCCUCCUGAGACCAUCAGCUGGGAGUACAGGGACAAGGACAAAGCCUUCAACCGCAUGGGCCCCCUGACCCCGCAGCAGUUCUACAAGGAGCACGUCAAGCCCCUGUACAACAUGCAGGACAAGAUCUGCCUUGUGAACGACCCCCGGCCCCAGAACCCCUAUGGGAAGCUGUACAGCGUGGAGUUCCUGGGCAACAUGGUGGGAGGCCGCAGCACCCAGUACAACAACCAGCCCAUCGAGCUGCUGAAGAAGGCCGCCGCUGACUCCAUCAAGGAGGGCGAGGCUGUGUGGUUCGGCUGCGAUGUAGGAAAACAUUUCCACGGCAAGCUUGGCAUCAACGACAUGAAUGUUUUUAACCACGAGCUGGUGUUUGGGGUCUCGGUAAAAAACCUUUCCAAGACGGAGAGGCUGAUGUACGGCGAUUCCCUCAUGACCCACGCCAUGAUCCUGACCGCCGUCACAGAGAAGGAGGAAGGAGGAAAGGAGGGCUUUGAGAAGUGGAGAGUGGAGAACUCUUGGGGAGAUGACCGUGGGAACAAAGGUUACCUGAUCAUGACCGACGAGUGGUUCUCUGAGUACGUGUACGAGGUGGUGGUGGACAAGAAGUUCGUCACCGCCGAGGUCGCCAACGUGAUGGAUCAGACGGCCGUCAUUCUUCCCGCCUGGGACCCCAUGGGAGCCUUAGCAUAACCAUGGAAACUCAGGACUCAGUCUCACCCCCCCCCUCCCGGUCUGAUUGACUGGUUUUAAUACCUUAAUGUUAGACCCCACCCCCACCCCCACCAGCCCCCUCACCUGACUCAACUGCCUGCCUUCCACCAAAUGACCGGUUCUUUUAGAUCAAAUAAAGUUCUGCUCUUUUUUACUUUA